AUGGUGGGACUGAGUGUUGUUCUUGAGAAUCAAAAGAGUUGUAAUAUUAUCAGUAAGAAAUCCCACAAGUCAUUAGCAAACAAAUAUUUUCUCUCACAUUUUCAAAACAACCAUGUUUCUUCUUCUUCUCCUCCAUCUUCAUCACUUCCUUCUUUCCUUGAACAUUGUUUUCUUUGCAAACAAAAGCUUUUACCUGGAAAAGACAUCUACAUGUACAAAGGGGAUAGGGGUUUUUGCAGCGUGGAGUGCAGGUGCAGGCAAAUUUUCAUGGAUGAAGAAGAAACUGUGAAUAAAGAAAAUUGUUGUUUGGCUUCCAGGAAAAUGAAACGUUCAACUCCUUCCUCUCCUUCCUCUCCUUCAGGUUCUCGCCAUCAUCGCAAAGCUUAUUGAGAUGGACGAAACCAAUGGCUGCCAUGAAUGAAAAAAAAGGGUUUUUUGUUGUUGUUGUUGUUGAGAAUUACUUGGGUUAAUUUUGAUUGUAUUUUGGUUUAGGCUUGGCUAAUUUUGUGUAACGACAAUGCUAUGUGUUGCAGCUUUGUUCCUGGAAUGAGGCCAAAAGAGCUUUUCUU